AUGGCCUCGGUGGGCAUAGAGCCUAGUGCUGCGGUUAGAGAUUCGAAUGGAGACGCUACCGAUGUUGAUAGAUUACCUGAGGAGAUGAAUGACAUGAAAAUUCAAGAUGAUAAAGAGAUGGAAGCUACAAUCGUAAAUGGUAAUGUGACAGAGACUGGUCAUAUAAUAGUUACCACUAUAGGUGGAAGAAAUGGCCAACCAAAGCAGACAAUCAGUUACAUGGCUGAGCGAGUUGUGGGGCACGGCUCCUUUGGUGUUGUGUUCCAAGCAAAAUGUUUAGAGACAGGAGAAACUAUUGCGAUAAAGAAAGUUUUACAAGAUCGGAGGUACAAGAACCGCGAGCUUCAAACAAUGAGGCUACUGGACCAUCCAAAUGUUGUGUCUUUGAAACAUUGCUUCUUUUCAACAACCGAGAAAGACGAGCUUUACCUCAACUUGGUCCUUGAAUACGUUCCAGAAACAGUACACCGUGUUAUUAAACACUACAACAAACUUAACCAACGAAUGCCACUCGUUUAUGUCAAACUUUACACUUAUCAGAUUUUCAGGUCCUUAUCCUACAUUCACCGUUGUAUUGGUGUGUGUCAUCGCGACAUAAAGCCUCAAAACUUGCUGGUAAAUCCACACACUCAUCAAGUGAAGCUAUGCGAUUUUGGAAGUGCAAAAGUAUUGGUAAAAGGAGAGCCAAACAUUUCAUACAUUUGCUCGAGGUAUUACAGAGCACCCGAGCUUAUUUUUGGAGCCACCGAGUAUACUACAGCCAUUGAUGUCUGGUCUGCAGGAUGUGUUCUCGCCGAGCUUCUUCUCGGACAGCCAUUGUUUCCGGGUGAGAGUGGUGUUGAUCAGCUUGUAGAGAUUAUAAAGGUUUUGGGAACACCAACAAGGGAAGAAAUAAAAUGCAUGAACCCUAAUUACACCGAGUUCAAAUUUCCUCAGAUUAAAGCACAUCCAUGGCAUAAGAUUUUCCACAAGAAAAUGCCUCCAGAAGCUGUCGAUUUGGUCUCAAGACUUCUUCAAUACUCUCCCAAUCUCCGUUGUGCUGCUCUUGAUGCAUUGGUCCAUCCAUUCUUUGAUGAGCUGAGAGAUCUGAAUGCGCGAUUACCGAAUGGACGUUUCCUUCCACCGCUCUUCAACUUCAAGCCUCAUGAGCUUAAAGGUGUGCCUGUGGAGAUGGUGGCUAAGUUAGUGCCCGAACAUGCGAGGAAACAGUGUCCGUGGCUCGGUUUGUGA